GAGAUAUUGCAUUUUCUAAAUAUGAAGGUAGCUUAAUUGCAGAAAUUUGUGAAGGAUUAAGACCAAAUAUUCUUAAAGGUACGGCGACGUAUUAUACAGAACUUUUAACAAAGUGUUGGGAUAAAGAUCCAAAAGAACGUCCGUCAGCUAUAGAAAUUCACGAAACUAUUUUAAA